CUUUUCACUUUCUUUGUUUAGAAAAAAAUUAAAUUACAAAGAUUUUCUAUUUGAAACUCAGAAAAAAUUUUAAUUCCGUACGAUGUAAAUUUAAAAGUACCGCCAAACGAUUGGUUGAUGACAUCAACGGUCGGUAAAGUUUUUGAAACAGUCGCUAAGUGGCGUUGUAAAUGUUGAAAAUAAAUAUGGAGUUGUACAUCAUAUGACUAUAUUUGUGUUGGAGGUUCACUACAGUUCGGCGGUAAAUUUUACAAUUUUAAUUUUACUUCUCAUAUUUUCUAAAAUAAAAAAUGGUGCGCAAUUAUAAAUCAAAAAAUACUCAUAUGUCAUGGAAUGAAUUGGCUAUGGCAAAAGCUAUCGAAGCAGUUAACCAAGGAGAGAUGGGAUAUCUUGCUGCUUCAAAAGCGUUUGGAGUACCAAAAACCACUCUGAGACGCCGAUCCAAUUUUUAUAAAUUAAACAAUGAUAUAGAGUUUGUAUCAUCGAAAGGGCUACCCAGAAAGUUUACUCCAGUUUUUAGUCCUGUGCAAGAAUCCGAACUUGUCAGUUAUUUAAAAGAUUUAGAAAGUCGAUUAUUUGGAUUAUCAAGCUUCGAGGUGAGAAUCCUCGCUUAUCAGCUCGCUGAAAAAAAUCAAAUUAAACAUCCAUUUGUAAAUGGAGUAGCUGGAGAAGAUUGGCUGCAAGGAUUUUUGAAACGUAACCCCACCUUAUCGUUACGCAAACCUGAAAGCACAUCAGCAGCACGGGCAGCUGGUUUCAAUCGGAUUGUCAUUCAAAAUUUUUUUAACUUACUAAAACAGAUUAUGGAAAAAUACAAUCUACUUCCUCAUCGUAUUUUUAACGUAGAUGAAACUGGCUGUAGUAGUGUCCCAAAAACUCACGGGAAAAUCAUUGUUGAGAAAGGAAAAAAACAAGUUGGAAUUUUAACGUCAGCUGAGCGAGGUAAAAAUGUGACAAUGGAGCUUUGUGUUUCAGCUUCAGGACAAUUUUUACCACCAUUGUUCAUUUUUCCUCGUAAGCGUAUGAAACCCAACUUGUUGAAUAAUACAAUCCCAGGAAGUUGGGGGCUUUGUCAUUCCAGUGGCUGGAUGCAACAUGAUCUCUUCUUGCAGUGGUUCCAAUGGUUUGUUGACCAGGUUAAGCCAACUUCUGAAGAUCCAGUGCUGCUGAUUUUGGAUGGGCAUACGACACACACUAACAAUUUAGAUGUGAUUGACUACGCUCGUGAUCAUCACGUUGUAAUUCUUUGCUUGCCACCUCAUUGCACUCACCGUUUACAACCAUUGGAUGUCAGUGUAAUGAAACCAAUAUCUUCUUAUUAUGAGCAAGAAGUAAAAAAAUGGUUAUCAGAGCACCCAGGAAGAGUCGUCACGCCUGAAGUUCUGCCAAUGCUGUUCAGUAAUGCAUUAAAUAAAGCAGCAAAGCCUGAAACUAUAAUAAAUGGUUUCCGAAAAACUGGAAUUUACCCAAUGAAUCCAGAUAUUUUUGACUCAAAAGAUUUUGCUCCUGCCGACACUACCAAUAGCAACAAACCACCUGAAGAACAAUCACUAGAAAAUCUGACCCAAAGUCUGAGUGAUUUGUGCAAGACAGAUUUUAUUGAAGGACCUGAACCCGAGCAACAACCUGAACAGCAGCAACUUGAGCAACAAGAGCUUAGACAGCAAGAGCCAGAAAAACCUGAACUGCAACAACAACUUGAAGAGCCAGUAAUUAUUCCAAUUGCCUCCACCUCCACUGGUAAACCAUCGUUGAGGCCCCCAUCUAGGUACUUUAGACCACAAAUUAUUGACGAAAGCUCCGAUGAAGAGAUGGAAAAAUCUCUUACUGAAAAUAUCACUAAAACUGCUGCAUCAUCCAAAGCAACGAUGAGACAAAACACAUCGAAGUUUUAUGUAACACCUUACGACAUCAAGCCAUUGCCAUCAAGAGACUCCCCGCCAAAAAAACGACGUCGAGGUGUGACGAGGAUUUUAACCAGUAAACAAUACCGUGAUGAGUUGGAAGAAAAAAAAAAUAAUCAAAAAAUAAAAAAUAUAAUAGCAGAAAAAGUCACUAAUAAAAACAAAGCUCCAAAAAUUAAAAAAAAAAAAAGUUCUCAAAAAGAAGACAGUGAUUGCCAUUGCCUGUAUUGUAAUGGACUCUAUUCUGAAUCAAAGGAAUCAUGGAUUCAGUGCAAUAACUGCAAAAUGUGGUCUCACGAUUCCUGUGCAAGUAUUGAGGAAGAUUUUUCAGAUGAAUAUACCUGUGAUUACUGUGAAAAUAAUUAAUUGUAUUUUUUUAUUUAAUUGUUUAAAUAUUUUUAGAAAGCUAAGUGUUUAAAGAUUUAUCAAUUAUAAAAAUUGUUCUUUGUUAUAAUUACUCUUAAAAUAAUUAAUUGUAUUUUUUUUAUUUAAUUGUUUAAAUAUUU